AUGAAUCAAUUGUGCAUGGCAUGUGACACACAGUUCUCUGAUAUGGACGAGGCUCGGGUCCACUAUAAACUUGACUUCCACAGAUACAACUUGAAGAGAUCCAUUUCUGGGUUGAGUCCUGUUACUGAAGACAAGUUUGAACAGUUGAUAGACACCGCUUCUAUAGAAAGUCUUUCGGGAAGUGACGAUUCUGAGUCUGAAUCAGAGACUGAACUUGAUCAAGUUGAACAGCUUUUAAGUCGUCAAGCCUUGACUGUGGAUCAUGAUGAAGAAGAAUCCAUAAGUUACUUAAACACAAGAUCUCCCUAUAUCCUUUUCAAAUCUCCGUUACUUCAAUCCGAUAAGGUAUUUGGAGUAUACAAGGCUCUCUUUGGUGAAAAGUAUCUUGAAGAUCACCACCACAACUCUCCAUUGGAUGUUCUUCAUCGAUGGUCUCUGACGUCCGUGAAACAAGGCAAGUCUGCACUUUUCAUGAUUGGAGGUGGUCACUUUGCUGGAGCUAUCGUUUCCCAUGUACCCAAAAACAUCAAGGGUAAUGCCAAAAGUAAGACCGAGUCAGUCCAAGAACAGAAGGUAGACAUAAUAGUAUCUAAAACCUUCCAUAGAUACACAACUAGACGGAAGCAAGGUGGUUCCCAAAGUGCCAGUGACAAUGCUCGAGGCAAGGCCAACUCUUCUGGGUCCAGUAUCAGAAGAUAUAAUGAACAAGCUUUGGUGAAGGAAGUCAGAGAUUUGAUCAAUGAAUGGAAACAGCAUCUAGAUGAAUGUCAUCUGAUCUUCAUCAGAGCCAAUGGUGCAACCAAUAGGAAGACGUUAGUAGGAUAUGAGGGAGCAGUGUUGAAAGCAGAUGAUGAGAGGAUUAAGAGUUUCCCCUUCACCACCAAAAGAGCUGUGACUUCAUCUUUGAAGAAGGCGUGGGUGGAGUUGACGUAUUUAUCAGUGUUGGAUUUGCCAAAGGAAGAUGAAAGGGCAAAGAGAGCAAGAGAAAGAGAACUCAAAUUAAAGGAAGGUUCACCAGCAACAUCGGAUUCCACCACAACAAAAGCAUCGGUACCAACAGACCCCAAUGAAGAGCAUACGAAGAAACUAAUAGGCUUUUUGAAUAAACAAAGUGCUCCAUUAUUCAUAAGUUAUAUAAAAAAGAAUAACUUGGAUGUUAAUUCCUUUACACUCGUUCCCAAGAAGAAAUAUCCAUCCACAAAUACCUGCUUACACUAUGCAGCCUCCAAUAAGUUGAAUCAUAUGAUUAAAGUGUUGAUAGUCAACUUGAAGGCCGACCCCACUGUUUUAAAUGACAUGAACAAGACCCCUUGUCAAUUGACUUCGGACCCUAACACCAAAAGACAGUUUCAAAUAGUUAGAGCCCAAGUUGGUGAAAGCUUUGGUGGGAUCGAUUGGGAGAAGGCUAAAGUCGGGCCUCCCAAAUCAAGGGAAGAAUUCGAGAAGGAAGACAAGGCCAAAGAAGCAGAGAUUAUUUCUGAAAAGAAGAAACUCCAUGCAGAAGCUAUCAACAACAAAACAGAUAUAGAAUUGAAGAAGAAACAAACACCCAUUAAUCAUCUGCUAGGAAUAUCAAGUUCAUUGAAUGAAUUGGGAGGUUUAACAGAACAACAAAAGAUGAGAUUAAUGAGGGAGCAGAGAGCAAGGGCAGCAGAAGAAAGAAUGAAAAGACUUUAA